AUGGUCGCCCGUGGCGUCGACCGCCUGUCCGAGCUCCCUGACGACCUCCUCCGUCGCGUCCUCCACUACGCCCCGCUCAGGGAGGCCGCCUCCACGACGGCGCUCUCGCGGCGAUGGCGCGCGCCGCUCUGGCGCUGCUCGGGCGCCCUAAACCUCGAGACGGGCAAGCUCCGCACCUGCUACGACAACCCGCGCUUCUUCACCCAGCGCGACUGCUUCGUCGCCGCGGCCGAGGCGGCGCUCGACGCCGCCGACGUCCCCGUCAGGAGGCUCACCCUGCGGCUCGACUCCGAUCUCCACCAACGGAUGGGCGAUAUCGAUAACUGGUACCGCGACAGAGCGCACGACAAGGUCGUGUCGCGCUACACGGGCCUGGUCGACGUCGCGCUCUCCCACGGUGCGGCGCGCCGCGGCGUCGAGGAGCUCCGGAUCGUCGCCAAUCCUAAGAGCGACUACCUCUACACUCGGGAUCACACGGGCCUCUUCACUGUCACCCUCGACUCCCUGCAGCUGGAGACCAUCCGGGUCUUGGACCUCACCCACUGCAAGGGACUACUGGGCACCCACCUCGCUCUACCACGGCUCUCCUCUCUACGCCUGAGCCAUUGCUCCCAGCACCUACGUUCCCUCCAACAAGCCAUCGACGCCGCGCCAGCGCUCGCUGCCAUCCGCCUCGAGACCGUCCUCAUCGACGCAACGGACAAAGAAGCCAAGCAUGGCACAACCCGCCACCUCCGAUGCCCCGCCGCCACCCUGCUCGUGCUGGACAGUUGCAAGUGGGAGGAGGAGAGCCAGAGCUGCAACCGCUUUGUCUACAACUACGAAACUACCGUCCCCGUCCAAGCUGUUGAGAUCCACGCGCCGAGGCUGCGCCGCUUCAGGUACAAGGGGCAACUCCGCUCGUUCUCAUUCAGUGCACAGCCGCCAGAGUUGGAACAAGUGGAUCUGGAUUUUUCCGGGCGUGGCAACAAUGGGAACAGCAAGGAUCCAGAACGUGAUUUAGCAACCUUCUGGCGAUUUGCUCGGAGCUUCACUAGCACCAAGGAGUUGAGGUUGAGGGUGAACCACCUCGAGGAUAUUGCCGUCCUCAGCGAGGCAAGGCGGGCUGAGCUCCUGCCGGCAUUCCGCCGCCUCGAGCAUCUCGAGGUUCAAGGAGUGGAUUCAACGAAAGGCAAGGCUGCAGCAAUGGCAAUCUUGAACAUGCUCCGAUGUUGUCCCAUGCUCGCUGCCCUCAGGAUCAACCUGACCGCGGAGAAAAAAGCAGACUCCUCAAAUAAAAAAGGGGUACCCGACACAAGAACUCCUCAAAAGGAAAUUCAGAUCGCUGCCUUGGCUCAGUGCCACUUGUUCCAAUGCUUGCAGAGCUCUCUCGUGAGAGUGGCCUUGCAAUUUCAGCUAGAGAAAUCGAACUGUCUUGGUGUCAAGCUGAUAAAGUUCUUCGCUGAGAAUUCAAUAGUUCUUGAAGAAAUGUAUAUUGAUGGUGGAGAUGAAAAUUUGUGCAAGCACAUGAAUCCAAAGACUGAAAAGUGGAACUCAAAAAGGAGAAAAUCAGGGGCAACAAGUUUUGUGGUCCUACCUCUUGAGAGGUGA